UCCGGCCGUCUUCACCAGACCAUGAAGCAGAAAGGAGGCUGCUUUCCACGACAUGCGCUACGACGGUGCUGAGAGUGCACCAAACAAACCCCGGCACUAUUCCAUGGACUCCACUGGAUUAACCCGCACCUACAUUUAAUUUAUUAAAACUAUUUAACUCUAAACGCGACCCACCUCAUACCGAGGCACGACUUGUUUUUGAGGGCAGUUAGCCAGCCAGCUAGCUAGUUAGCUAGCUAUCUAGCUAGCUGCGCGAGCGCUCAGCGAAGGUUAGCUGGCUCUCCUCUCCCGGGUGGAAUUGACGUUUCUCGGUGGAUGUUUUAUCAAACACCCGAAGGAGAUUGCUACUCUUGGUGUCGACGAUGGAGGAUUUACUUGAACUAGACCAGAAUCCGAAGUUUUGCAUUACAUCAGAGAGCGUGCUCGUCUGAGCUGCUUUAUCCCAGUGAGGGAGCUUCCAUCAAGGUGCUCCUCGCUCGGCCUGCCUCAAAAUGGAUGCACUGCUGAAUCCUGAACUCAGAAAUCGAGACUCAUCAGACCAGGCAACUUUUUUCCAGUCUUCAACAGUCCAAUUUUGGGAAAAGACGCUCGAUGGUUCGAUCAAGGUUGAAAACACAGCAAAACAAGUCAUAUUUAAGGGCCUUGCUCCCAGAGUUGUUUUAACAAACCAUCUCUUGGCUAAAGGACCAAAGACUAAAGUGAACCUUGAGGAACAGGGUCGACCGAAGGUCUCUUUCAGCUUCACGUCUAAAAAUCCUCGCCCGAGAAAACCCGCGGUUUUUGUUCCACCCUGUCCGGAGAAAGCUGCAAGCGAAGUUCCUCCUGCAGUGCAGUCUACAUGUUUGCCCUCCGCAGACCUGACUGGGCAGAAAACUGAAAGCAAAAAUGAGCAAGUUUGUACCUCUAUUGUGGCCAUGGUUGUGGCAGAGUCCCAAGGAACACCGGCCCCGGUACCCCUCACCUCCAAGUUGAAACACGACAAGAUGCAUUUUAAAAAACAGAUUUUGAGUGCGUCUGUUGUUGAACAUCCCACUGUCAGUACUGUUUUAAAUGAUACCACCGCAGAGGCCGAGGUUUUAAUUAGAUCUUCAGCAAGAAUAGAAAGUGAAUCCUCUGCGGCUCUAUUCCAACACAAGUCUGUCACUGACUGUUCUGAAAAAGGUAGCAGUGAGGAAAGCACUCAGGAGAAAUCGGAAACUCGCCUUAAAGGACCAACGGAUUACUCCCAUAUUGGGAAAGAGAGUGAGGAUAGUAUUUCUGAGCCUGAACACAGCAAAAGUGUCCAGAAGACGGAGAAUACUCUGCCUGGCUCCGACUGUGAUGGUGAGUCUGUCCGGGUAGCUUCUAACCAAAAGUCUAGUGACUCCAAGAAUAUGGCAAAGUGUGAUAGUCAGAAUGCUGUUGUUAAGAAGUCAUUAAGCUCCAAAAGUGAAGUCUCAGACAAACCCAGAUCUGAUAAGAGAGAGGAGAAGGAUGAAAAAGGGUCUAGUCGAAGCAAAUCAGAAAGAGAUAGUAGAUAUGCAUCCUCACGAUCUUCUCGUUCUGACCGAAGGAGGACCAAGAGUCGGUCACGGUCUAGAUCGCGAAGUUCUCGAACAAGUUCUUCCUACGCCAGAUCAGAUAGAUCAAGAAAUGAAAGACAGUCGAGAUCAGAUCGGUCACACUACCACGAUUCUGAAAGGAGAUUGCACAGAAGUUCACAUGAACGGAGGAGGUCCCGCUCCCGAGGUGACGGCAGAUCUCGGGACAGCUCAGACUCCGAAGAUGACCUCAGGAAGCCCAGGACUCGAGGCAGCGAUUCGAGCCGAUCCUCCACAUAUUCUAGCUCGCAAAGAGAUUCAAAAACGUCCUCUCAUUCGAAAUCCUACAGAGACUCAAAAUCUGACUCAAAAUCUUCUCCUCAUUCGUCAGAAUCAGACAAAAGAACACAAUACUCAAGAACAGAGAGGUUUGUUAGAACUAGCGGCUCUGAAAGUAGUAAAAGGAACUCUCCAGAGACCGAAGCUAGUCAUAAAAAGUCCAGUUCCUAUUCAAAAUCAGAGGUACAUAGUAAAACCUCAAAUUCGAAUAGCAGUUCAAGAUCUGAAAAAAAGGUCCAAAAAAACAGUGGGAGUUCUGACUCUGACGACGAGCACAAAGCAAAAACUCGAAUUCAAGGCUCAGACCGGUCUACUAGGUCGUCUGUUAAAAAAUCUAAUAAUCCAGAGACAAAAUCAAAUAGUACUACUGGAACAGAUGGACACUUAGAAGCAAAAGUAAAUAUUAAUUCUAAACUUCCUCAUUUGGGUUCUGACAAAGUCAGGUCUCACGGAGAAUUCACCAAGCUGGCUGUUUGUUCCGAACAUGAAGAAAGCAUGCAGUCUAAACUAACAGAUACUUCUUCCCAACAAAAGCAGCAAGUUAUCCUAAACGACAAUUUAAAAAAUUACAUCGAAGAUCAAGUUGUAAGCAAAGAAUCUGCUGUUACAGAAACGUGUCUGAACGUCAGUGAAUUGCAUAUUAAUAAAUGUCACAUUACUCUGAAUGACAUUUCUUUAGAGGACGAUCCGCUAGGAAGACCGACAGACAUUCUAAUUCAAAAUAAAUUACAAAUCUUGAAAGAGGCGCAGGAUAAUUUAGCAAAUGUUGGUACCCUUUUAAAAAUGAACGAUUCUUCUAUCUUGAAUGAGCCGCCCUACCUAGGCUACACCGCCAGUCAGGAUUCAUUAGGUUCAUUAGCAGACACUCUUUCUGUGAAAGAAUUACCACCUGGAGAAUGCUUGAAACCUAACACUAAAUUUGUUUCCCAGGCUCUUCUCAGUAACGACGUCGGUAGCCUAUCUGUGAAUAUCGAAACCCCUCAAAAUGUUACUGAGCAGUCAGACCUGAAACCUGAAGAGACUAAUGCUGCAGUUAUAAAACAAAAGGCACAUGCUAAAAGGUCACGGUGGGACAUUGUUGGUCAGGACACUUCAGAAAAUCUGACCCCACAAAAACCGGUAACUAUUGACACAACUUCUGUGAAAAAAGUAAUUUCAGUUAAGAAAAUAGAAUUAAACAGUGAAGAAAAAUGCUCAAAGAAAGAGGAAUCUAUGGUGUGUUUACUUCAGCCUGAGAAGGACAUGCAGACAGACAAGGCAACAACAGAUUCCGAGAAAGCAAUCAAGCAAGAUCCUAAACAGCAGUUUCCUGCUGAGGCACAGAAAAGCAAUGUUGAAUGUAGUGAUCUUAAAGCUGACAAGUCCCUCGCGACCGAAGUUCAUCUGAAACCUAAUUGCACUCCCGAUGCUGUUAUUCAUAUCGAUCAGAAAUAUGCAAACCCUGAAAAAUCGAACAUUUACAAGCCUUCGAUUCAAGAGUCUGUGCCGUUUAACUGUGACGGUAAAAGCCACAGUGAGGAAAGUGAAUCGGACGACUCUGACUCCGAUUCAGAUGAUGGACGAGUCUCCUUGAAGAGGCUUCACUCUGUGGUGGUUGUGCCAAAGAAUUCUACUAUUAUCCUCGAGACAACUGAACUGCCAGCCCCACCAGCAAGCCCAUCGGUUCCCAGUGCGCAGCUAACGUAUCAGGCAGAAGAAUCGAGUCUAAGCAUUAACAGUGAAAUUCUUAAUAAUCUCAAUGCUCCAAUGAUACCUGUGAAAAGUUCACCAGAAGGUGGCGAACACGAUCUCUUGGCAGUUGGUGAGAAUAAAUGUAUGCCUUCUGUACGAACGCCCUACCAGUCCCAGAGCGACUUGGUUGAUAGCACUAGCCAGUCUGAGGCAACCACAACACUGGCUCACGCAGACCAGAACUGCACUGUCAAAGAACGGCUGAAGACUCGUGGCUCUAAUGAACAAGUUUCUACCUAUGCUCAGAGGGAGGCUGAAUCAGGUUGUUAUCAAUAUCAUGACAAUCCAGACAGCUGGUUCGGAAGAAAGGGAGAAAGAAAGGAAUUCGGGGAAUUUAGUUGCCCGGAUAAUCUCAGACCACAGAACAGUUUGAACCGGGUUUGUGAAGUCACCGAAACAGAGCAGCCCAGCAGCACAUUUCAGCAGCCAGACAGCAGUCACAGCACUCAACGGCCAUUCCAGGUAGAACGACCAUUUCCCAGGCAAGAUAUUGGCUACUGGACUCAGACGACAGUCUCUGAUGAGAGCAUGCCAGUCAAUACACCUGUGCCUUCUCUUUGUCACGAGUCAGUGUACCAGAUUCACCCCGACUCUUUAACUAAUGACCAUGAAGAAUAUUAUGAGGGAAAAGCAUACGAAAGGCAUGCCGGUGAGAUUCUGCCAUUUAGGAAACCUCCAGCAUCAUCUGCAUUCGUCCAAACAAAUGAGAUAAGCAGCAAUUGCAGCCUUGUAACUGCCACUACUGAGAGUCAUAUCAUCUUCGAGCCUCCAAGGGAAAGCAGCCAAAAGCCUCAUAGAGGAAGAGGUCCACCCAAGAAAAGACGUCCAGAGCUCGAGUCAGAAUCAGACAACGAGGCAGAGGCUGGCCUUGCUUGUAAGCGAGAAUGCAUAGAGGAGCGUGAGCGGUGCAAAGACGCGAAAGAAACUAAGAUAUCUUCACAGCAAGACGAACAACGCUUGCCACUGCUUAGUCUGAAAGACUUCGUUGACCCUGCUGUCUGGAGGGAAAAAUCUAAGCAUAAGAAAAUGCCUCCUUAUUUUGAUCUUAUUGAGGAAAACCUCUACUUGACAGAACGUAAGAAGAAUAAGUCUCAUCGGGAUAUUAAGCGAAUGCAGUGCGAGUGUGCUGUGCUUUCGAGAGAGGAGCGGGCACGGGGCGUUAUGGCUUGUGGAGAAGAUUGUUUGAACCGCCUGCUGAUGAUUGAAUGCUCGUCGCGGUGCUUAAAUGGCGUCUACUGCUCAAAUCGGCGCUUUCAAAUGAAGCAGCAUGCAGAUUUUGAAGUAAUCCUCACUGAGAGCAAAGGCUGGGGUUUGCGGGCUGCGAAAGACUUACAGCCGAACACGUUUGUUUUGGAGUAUUGCGGUGAGGUUCUGGAUCACAGGGAGUUCAAGUCGCGGGUGAAAGAGUAUGCUCGCAGCAAGAAUGUCCACUACUACUUCAUGGCCUUAAAGAAUAACGAGAUCAUUGAUGCUACACUGAAAGGCAACUGCUCACGAUUUAUGAACCACAGCUGUGAGCCCAACUGUGAAACUCAGAAGUGGACGGUGAACGGUCAGCUAAGAGUUGGCUUCUUUACAACCAAAGCUGUGAAAGCGGGGACAGAGCUCACAUUUGAUUACCAGUUCCAAAGAUACGGGAAAGAGGCACAAAAGUGUUACUGUGGAGCACCGAGUUGCCGGGGCUUCCUGGGCGGAGAGAAUCGUGUCAGCGUACGGGCAGCAGUGGGCAAGAAGCAAAGGGAGCGCCCUCGAAAGAAAGACGCUGUCAGCGCCUUGACUACAGUGGAUGAAGAGCUGGAGGCUCUGCUAGAAAACGGGGAAGGUCUGAGUGAUGAGAAACAAGUUAUUUCACUCUGCAGAUUAAUGGUGCGUGUGGAGACGAUGGAGCAGAGACUCACUUGUUUGAAACUUAUCCAGAAUACUCCAAAUCCUUCAUGCCUCAAGCAGUUUUUGGAUCAUCACGGCCUCUCGUUGUUGUGGAUAUUCAUGGUUGAUCUCUCUGAAGCCAAAAGCAACUCUGUUAAUAACAUCAAACUACAGAUGGAGAUAAUGAAGGCAUUGGCAGUUCUGCCCAUUUCUACUAAGAAUAUGCUGGAAGAGAGCCGUGUGCUGCAGUACAUCCAGCGCUGGGCACAGAGCCAUCCACUUGGCCAGCCUACAGAGCAAGACGGUUACUCCAGCGAGAGCACCUCCCGAGCCCACACACCUCUCAACACACCAGACGGUCCCCCUGCCAAAAUGGCCCCAGAGCUGGAUGGAGACACACCAAAACGUGCAGUCUACCGCAGGCUGAAGAUCAUCAGUGAGAACAGCCUGGAUAGUGCCCUCUCAGACGGAAGCAAAGUCUCUGACGGUAAAGAGGAAGAAGACGAAGAAGAGGAGGAGGUGGAGGUUGAGCCCCCGCAGGAGGUCACAGUGGAAAUGGCAGAGAAAAGUGAGACCAGUGAGGAAAUCAGUGUGACCCCAGAGACAGUAGUAAAACAAGAGGCUUCAGACGCUAUGGAGAGUAGUCAGGAAAAAGAGGAGGUAAAGGAGGGGGACGUUGAACAGGAGAAAACAGUAGCACAGGAAACUGAUGAGAAGCCAACAAGCAAGACCGAUGAGAACAUUCCUGCUGUCAUGGAGGAGAGCUGUCAGUCUGAGCCUGCAGAAAUAGAAAAUCAAAUGCAGACACCUGCUGUAGAUCAACCUGAUAAUGCUCCCAGUGUCAAAGCUGACGAAGACGCUAAUCCUCCUGUGUAUCCCACCGAGGAGAGCACUCCCAGUUCAGAGUCUUCUUCAGAGAAUGACCACGCAGAGUCUUCAAUCACAAACGUCACUGGUCCUACCGCCAUCAGCGGUACGCCUGCAGAAUCCCUAGAUGUCAAUGUGUCUUCAGAGUCUGCAAUAAACCCAGAAGCUUCACCUCUCAACUUGGACAGCAUUCCAGCUAGUUCUGCUACCAGCUCUUCAGAGAAAACAUCAGCUGAAGUCAGUGCUGUUACUGUGGAGAGCAACGCUUCGGCUUCAGCUGUCAGCACAGCAGAGGUGCUGCCGCUGGGGGUAGUUCCGACAGAGGGCACAGUGGUAGGCACACCUUCACAGGAUGAGGAGGAGGCUGUGUCUGAUGUGGAAAGUGAGAGAAGCCAAGAACCUCAGAUUGGAGCAGCUGAUAUCAGUGAGAUGGCUGCCCGCCUACUCGACAGCUGGAAAGACUUGAAGGAGGUGUACAGGAUCCCAAAGAAGAGCCAGGUAGAAAAAGAGUCAAAUGACCGCAGUCGAGACAGGGAGGCAAUGCUGACACCCCGCACAUCCUCCAGCAGCCGUGAGAGAGAGCGAGAGAGGGAAAGAGAGCGGGACUGGGACCGAGAACGAGACUGGGACAGGGAGAAAGACUCUGACAGGUCGUUGCUACGUAGCGCCGAAAGGCGGCGUAGGCGAGGCUCCGCCUCUCCCCCGUACCCAUCUCCCUAUGAAAGGAGCAGCCGUAGGAAUGAAGACCGCUAUGAUUCCGCCAGCAGUAGUAAGAAACCUCGAACCAAGGAGGUUCGUACCAAGCUUUCUACAGAGGAGCGACGGAAGCUCUUUGAGCAGGAGGUGGCUCAGCGAGAAGCCCAGAAACAACAACAGCAGCAGCAGCAGCAACAACAACAACAACAACAGCAACAACAGCAGCAACAGCAACAACAGCAGCAGCAGCUACAGAGACUAGCGUUCAAUCCUCUUGUGUAUCCCUCAAGCCCUAGUUUUAUGGCCUAUCCACCUGGGUACCCUAUUCAGACAUAUGUGGACCCAACUAACCCCAAUGCGGGCAAGGUGCUAUUACCUACGCCGCCCAUCGAUCCUAUGUGUGUGACUCAAGCCAGCACGGUUCCCUUUGAUCAGACUACUCAGCAGCCACUCAUUUCUGACCUGACUUUGGCAGCUCAGUCCCCCAACAACACUCAGGCCAGCUCAGCCACAAGUCUGGCACAUGUGCCUGCUACACUGGAGCUGACAGCUUCUGCUCAGCCGCAGCAGUUUGUCCAGCCAGCCGCGCCAGCUCAGGACGCUGGCGUCACUGUCCUGUCGGUUCCUGCUCAGACGGCUGGUGCCCAAGUGCAGGGUCAGCAGGGUUAUGCAACACUUUGGGAUCCCAAUACACAACAGGCAGUAACAGUGCAGCCUGCUCAGCAGUACACAAACACAGCCCAGCCUCAGACUGCCAUCUAUUACCAAGGCCAGCCAUGCCAGACAAUCUACAGCAUUCCCACAGGUUAUCCUCAGACCAACACUCCCGUCAUUCAGACAUACACUGAGCCAGCUGCUGGCUAUCUACAUGGGCAGCAGGUCUAUGCUGGUCACCAGCAGGGAGUCGUGGUCCAGCAAGGUGGCACAGUAACCACCAUAGUCACAUCUCAAACUGUCCAGCAGGAAAUGAUUGUGCCCAACAGUAUCAUGGACCUGCCGCCUCCUUCACCUCCAAAACCUAAAACCAUUGUCCUGCCCCCUGGCUGGAAGGUAGCACGCGAUCCUGAGGGCAAGAUCUACUACUAUCAUAUAGUCACCAGGCAAACCCAGUGGGAUCCUCCUAGCUGGGACGGAGUUGGGGAAGAGGCCAGUGUAGAGCACGAGGCUGAAAUGGACUUGGGAACACCAACUUAUGAUGAAAAUCCCUCUAAGUUCUCCACCAAGACAGCUGAGGCAGACACCUCCAGUGAGCUUGCGAAGAAAAGCAAAGAGGUCUUCCGCAAAGAGAUGUCACAGUUUAUUGUACAAUGCCUUAAUCCAUACCGAAAGCCUGACUGCAAACUGGGUCGCAUUAGCAACACUGAAGAUUUCAAACACCUCGCCAGGAAGUUGACUCACGGAGUGAUGAACAAAGAGCUUAAAUCCUGCAAAAACCCAGAGGACCUGGAGUGCAACGAGAACGUUAAACACAAGACAAAGGAAUACAUUAAGAAAUACAUGCAGAAGUUCGGAGCUGUUUACCGGCCCAAAGAGGACACCGAGAUAGACUAGUAGCCUCCUUCCUCUUAGUACCGCAGGUAGCGGGCAGCAAAACUACCCAGCGAAUCUCCGGGGGCCUCUCAGUCUAUCUGUUUUUUUUUUUUUGUUUUUUUUUUUAUACUGACUCUUUGACCACGUCCUUACUGCUGCUCUGAACGUCCCGGCCCUGCACGGAGAGACAAGAUAAUCAUGUGAAAAAGAAAGGAAGAAAAAAACCUUGCAGCCAGCAAGCAGAGAAAUCGUGCAGAAAAAACGCACAAAUAGGGUGCUACUCAGACUUUUCCACCCAAGUAUCGUUCAUGCUUUUAGCCUUUUCCACCAUGACCCCUCUGCACUACGGUCUGAGCAUCACGUUCCCUCACAGUACCCGACCCGCCUGCGGCUCAUUCAUCAGAUGCCUGGUGAGAACAUGGAAACUGGGAGCUCAUUCCAUUUCCUGUGUUAUCAGCUCACAUGCAUUACCAGUUGCACUAGUUCCUUUUCUGAAUUGUCUCGGACAGUGGCGGCUUCUCUAAGCGGUCCUUAUUGAAGGAGACGGGUGUUUCCUUACCAGCCGAUAAUCAAGACAACCAGACGAAGUAGAAGCCUAGCCUGUCACGCUGAGACAAAUUUUUUUCUUUUUUCUUUUUUUUCCGGAUUUUAUUAUUUGGUCUUUUUCCCGGGAUCAAUUGCAGUCUCAGGCUCUCCGAGGUUUUUGCCGCCCAUGUUCACUUAAAGCAUCAAGCUUCAAAGCUCAACUCACCAGUCCCCCGCAGCACAUAAAAGGAUCUUGGGACAUUCCGUUUAGCUGCAUUUUUAAUAACUUUUAAUUAAUGAAUUGAAGUGUGAAGGAUGUUCGUUAAUGUCCCUAUUCACUCUAAGCCACUCUUGGCCACUUUUACUCUUCUCACAGCAGAGGCGUGUAGCAUUUGUUGUUUUAUCAACUUGUUCCUCGCUGUUUUACAUUAAUUCCCAUUUAAUGAUUUGCUCUUUUUACUAAGCUUCAGAAAGGUAAAUGUGAAGCCCUUCAAGGCAUCUUGCAAUUUUUUUUGUUCUUUUUUUUUUUUUCCCCACCAUCAGGGUUCUUGUACAAUAAUGACAUCCUAAACUUGUCCCAUGUCGUUUUAAGUUGCAUUAAUCCCACCCCUCUCACAAAAACAUGUAUUAUAUUGCUUUAUAUGUGAAUAUAUUGAGAGAUAGUUUUUUGAAAUCCUUUAAAUAAGCAGAGACGUUGUAAACGGACUGUGGAGAUUAUGUGGUUUAUUGUGUAAAUAUGUGAAUACCAAACUAACAGAUAAGGUCAGUCCUCAGUCCAGCCAGCAGCUCUAGUGCUCCCAUAGCAACCAGGAUUUUUUCCCACAGCUAUAUGUUGGGUUUCAGGGGGUGUGUGGGUGGUGUAUUGCUUUUUUUCCCCCUCUCUCUCUCUCGGUUGUUGUUGUUGUCAUUUAUCCCCCCCCCCCCUUUUUAUUUUAUUUUUUUCUUUCUCUAUUGAAAGACAUUUUUUUAUGUAUAAAAUGGAGUCCCACUCCACUGUAAGUACUGUGCAAGCACAUUGUCAUACUGAGUGUAAAGAACAUUUUAAAAUAAACCGUUUUUGUAAAAACAA